AUGGGAAAACUAUUCCAAACAAUUUUGGUAAUUGGUAUCGUUGCAAUUGCAUUGUGCAAUGCUACACCAGCCAAAUUGGAUAAAAUCCGGUCAACAAGGAAUAGAUUCCUUGCUCGUCAGGAAGUCGCUGAAGAUAUUCCAGCUCAAACUCCAUAUCCACCAGCUGGAUUUCGCCCAGAAGUUGCAUUUGAUCUUCCAACUGAAGAAAAACCACUCCCACCAACUGAGGGAAAGCUUAUUGCACCAACUGAAGAAAAACUUGUUGCACCAGCAAAUCAUUAUCUUCCACCUCUAACUGAUCCUGCUAUGUUUUAUUCUGCACCAGCUGAAGUCUAUGGACCACCUGCUGAGACUUAUGGUCCACCUGAAAUCAGUGAUAAAGAUGGAAAAAAUGUCCCAGAAAAUUCAGAAGAAAAUAAAGAAAAAGUAACAGAAGAAGCUACAAUAGAAGAAACUGUAACGGAAGAAGUGGUAACUGAUGAAGAAGAGCAACAAAAACCGAUUAUAGACGAAGAUGAAACUGAAGUAGAGCAAGAUAAUUUCAUUCCUGAACGUUUAGUGCUAGCUAAAAGCACAAAUAGCAUUAAAGCUGCUAAAUUGAAACAAUUUGCUCCUCUGACUCGAAAAAAUAUUCCUGCUCAACAAUUCUAUUUGAUUAAUGGAUCUUUAUAUACUUUAGCUUAG